AUGGCGCGAAUCGAACCGGAGGCGAGCGACUUUCAAAUGACGACGGUCAAUGCCUUACGUUUGAACGCGUCACACGGUCUAUGGCAAUACCCCUUCUCACUGCCCCCCGGCCUCUACAACAACUCGAAAAAGGACUAUACCGCCGAAGCAGACUCUCUUGAGAGCGAGAGCGACAGGCGUAUGCGGCAUACGCGUUGGCCAAGAGCGAGGCUCCACACAAACCGUUCGCGCGCGCUGGCCUAUCGAUUCUUCAACAGCUGUCAAGAGGGCCGAAAGCGAGUUGACCCGGUCCUACCACUGCUCUGCCACCACGACAAACGUCCAAAGCGUGCAUACACCACUGAAUCAGGCUCUAUGAACCCUCCCAAUCCCCAGACGCUUUGUCUUUUGGACGACAUCCUACGAGAGAUCUACUUCGCAGUCGCCGAGCAAGAACCUCCACACACUCCCGAAGUGAUACGAAGAUACCUGAGUGACACCCAGACACCUCGCCCACCCCUGGGUUGGAUCAGACUCACCCACUUAUCUCGCCAGUGGCGUGAGGUCGGCAUCGAUACGCCAACAUUGUGGGCGCGCGCUGUCUGCAUCUACGAGUCAGACGACGCCGUGAACACCAUCCGUCAGCGCGCUCGAGGCUGUCCUUACACCAUACAGCUGGAGCGAGACUAUGCCACAAAGCGCCGUUGCGAGAUGGCCACUCAAUUUCUAGAUCGCGUCGCACAUCUCUCUUACACUCGGAAGUUCUAUAAGUGGCAUUGGGCAGCAAAGAUCUCCGGAAAGGAACUCCCACUCUUGCGUUCUCUGAAUUUAGAAUCUACCGACGAAGACGCGGAUAUCGUGUUCGAGCCACUCGUAGCGCCUGAUCUUCGUAUGUGCGCGCUCGACCUCGAUCUACCCCUCAUAGCUCCCAAUCUCCUACACCUAUCAUAUAUCGGGACGCCCAAGAUGACAUUUCCGACCCUUCUUGCGCGCCUGGCGACUUUCACCAACUUGGUCCAGCUUACCAUUACUUCGGUGCCCGACGCAGAUGGCCGCGAAUCGUCCUCCGACCCCGUCCAUCUUCCUUUCCUUCGCUACCUCAAUUUCAGCAGCACAACGUACACACGAGACGCAGACCUCCUCCGGCACCUUCGGUUCCCAGUCUCGACCUCGAUGUUCCUAGGCGCCGGCUAUGGACGCGACUCCUUCUCGCAGGACGAAUGCCAGUAUCUCGUCGACUCUAUCACGGCUCAGCUUCGCCAUCCGUCACGGAACACUCUGCGAAUCGUGCCAGACCCUGCAUGCCAUCAUUGCAUCCAGAUACUCGCACCCGACAAGCCGAUGCCUGUAUACGGAGUGGCCCCCAUAGACGUCUACGCGGUAGACGGUAUUACCAUCGAGCCGAAGGGUACGCCGCUGUACGACAUGCUCGGGCCCAUCACCGCCAUCGUCGGCGCGAACAUCACCACUCUCGUCAUUCAGAUAUCGCAUCUGGACAACACAUAUAGACUGGCCACGGUACUACUCGCCCCGCUGCGCAAUGUAACAGAGUUACAUCUCUCCGGCAGAUCGAGCGGGAUACUACCCGCACUUGCCCCGCUCCGAGUCCACAGUCCGGCGGGUUCAUCGCUCACGAUGGCUUUACCGUCCCUCAAGACUUUGAUUGUCAACCCCGGAGACGACCUCAAGCUCUGCGACGGAGAAGUACCGUGGAUGCACCACUGGGAUACUAUCAUCGAGUGUCGCCACGAGCCGGAGAUCGGCGCGGGGUGGCUGGAUCACUUACCCCCGGUUCUCCUGGAGAGGGCGCAGGCUGGUAGUCCGCUUAUGCGAUUGGUGAUCGUCGGAUCGUCGGACUGCCAGGGUAUUGUGAAUAAGUCGAAGCGUGAGACGUGCGCUCGUGUGGACGGUUCUACAUUGGUGGCGUUGCGAGAAUGUAUGCGCGAUGCGGUGUUCGUUGACGAACGUGCGUAG